GACGGUUUUGGCUCGAACGGCCGCAGCAUUGUAUGAGUGAACCCACAGGGGGGAGAGCUUGUAAGCGCGACGGACAUUCUCUUCGGGAGUGACAAACAGGUUGCGAAAAAGUUAACCCGGUCAUCAUCCCCUCUAUUCCUUCCCAGCAAGAUGGCAGAUGUGGAGCUGGUGAAGAAGAUGUUAAGGGAGGUGCUGACGGGCAAUAUGAGUGGACCCGGGGUGACUUUGUCCCGCCUCCAGUCUGAAUACAAGAAUCUGACUGGUGAACAGAUCCCUCAUAAACAGAUGGGUCACGAAAACCUGGAUACCCUUCUGCACAGCAUGCCCUCGGUGGUCCGAAUUGAACGUACUCGCUCCGGGGAGGGGGGUGUUGUGUUUAUGUGCGUCCCUCCCUGCUCUCCCCCUCAGGUGGUUUGUUUCGCCUCGCGCUCCGGCGAGACGGCCCACGUUGCAAAGCUGGUUGCUCGGCAGCGGACCUCUAGGAAGACUGGACGACCUCAGAUGGUCAACUGUCAGAUGAGGGUGAAACCUGCCGCCCCUCUGGUCCUCAACGCCAAGCCAAGAACUUCCCUGAGACAGCCAGAUCAUAGAGGUCGUGGUGGGGGGCGAGGAGGAGGAGGCCGGUCAGUGGGCCAACAUGACUUCAGACAGGGGAGGGACAUGAGGGACACCCAAUCAGAGGGGAAGACCAAUCAGAGCUCCAACCAGAACAAACCAACUAAUCAGAACAACCCUACCCCCAGGAAGUCCUCUGUGCCCUCAGAGAGGUCAGACAAAAGGAUGACCCUCCCGUCACGGUUCCAGAAGGAAGUGCAUGCUCACCUCUCCAGGAACACCCAGAACAGCCCUCCCUCCAACCUCAACGAGAUCAGUUCUGGGAAGCCCAAGCCACAUCACUCCCCCAAAGAUUACAACCCGUCUGUCGGUGGGAACUACAACACCCAGCAGGUGCAGGGCCGUCUCAGAGAGGUGCUGAACAAGUACAGUAAUGGUUUCUGGGUAUCCAAGUUGCCUCAGCUCUACAGAGAGCUUUACAAACAGGACCUGCCUAGCGAAGCACUGAAAGACCUGGAGAACUGGACACACAUCUGCACCGUAGAGAAGCCGUGUAGCAGCAACCCCAACGAGUUACUCCUGUACCCGACCAAGGAGCAGAUCCAAACAACAACCACGCCCCCCGUCCCCACCAGAGUCCUGUCGCCUACAUCCGCCCCCUUCACCCCGUCUGCAGGCACCGAGCCCCAGACCAAGUCCUCCUCCGUGCUCCCAGGCACCGCCACCAGCCCCCUCCCCCUCACGCCCCCCUCCUCCUCACCCAGUCCGCCGGCCUCCCCCUCCUCCCUCUCCCCCGACCUGAAGCAGAAGCUCGGGGAGCUCCUUGUGAAGUACAGCAACGGCCUCUGGGCCCAUGCCUUACCCAAGCUCUACCUGGACACGUACAAGGUCAAACUGCCCGAGCACGUCCUGGACAACCUGUCCCUCCUCUCCGACUUCUGCACCGUCGACUACCCCAUGCCGGACAACCCCAAGCGGGCCAUCCUGUACAAGAGGAGCACGGAGGACGAGAACUGCAACCGGAGGGAGUCGGCGGAGGAGCGGAGGGCCAGAGAGGAGGUGGGGAGGAGGCUCAGCACCCAGGCUGUCCCCCCUCUCCUCAUUCCCAGGGAGGAGUACCCCUCCGUGCUGGUGGUUGAGGCUACGAACACCAACGGAGUCAUACUCAGAUACAUAGGAGAAGGGUAUUCCCAGGCCCAGGAGACACUCGAGGACCAGAUGAGAGAGUUCUAUUGUGGCCAAAACAAUAGUAGCUGCACACCGUUGACCUCUCCGACCUCGGGUCAACUGGCGGCUGUCAGGGCCGAGGAGGAGGAGGAAAUACUACGAGCACAGGUCACAGAGGUCACGGCCGACAAGGUCAAGGUUUACUAUGUGGAUCAUGGGUUUUCCGAAGUCAUCAGCAAGGCCAAAUUGUUUGAGCUGCAUGAGAGGUUUUACAAGCUGCCUUUCCAGGCCACCAAGUGUAAAUUGGCUGGACUGGAGCCUUUCUGUCAGGAGCCUGCUGUUCUGAAGAGGUUUGAGUCCAUGGCCAGCGGCAAGAUCCUAUUGGCUGAAAUCCUUGAGAGAGCGCAGACCCCAUUGGUUGUGCUGUAUGACACGUCGCAGGAUGAUGAUGUCAACAUCAACGCCGCCUGUGUCAAAGCCCUGCAGGACAAAACCCUGGCCAGCCCCCUACAGGUUAACAGUGCCUAUAUGAACGUGGCGGUGAGAAGCGUAUGUUCAGAUGGGACAAUCUACUGCCAGCUUCCAUCUAGAGGUUUGGCCAAACUCACUGAGAUACUGGAGAAAACAGAAGCCUACUUCCACUCACAGGUGACAUCUGAGUUCCUGGUUUCCCGACCGUUCUGUGGUAAAAGCUGUCUAGCGCGCUACAAAGGCAAAUGGUCACGUGUUGAGAUCACCAAUCUCCACGGGAGCCGGGUCUUAGACAUCCUCUUCAUUGACUUAGGGGUCCAGGCUUCAGUGGAGGUCUUUGAGCUCAGGGAAGUCCCGCCCCCUUUCCUGCGUGAUCUCAUCAAAAUCCCACCACAGGCGGUGAAGUGUUGUCUGGCUGACCUGGCAGUGAGUGGCGUGGGCUCCUGGACCCCUGAUGCUGUGCAGUGGCUCAGAGACGCCGUGCUCAACUCUACUGACUGUAGCAUGAAGAUCGCCAAACUGGACGAGACCAAGCGCAGUGUCGUCCACGUCUACCUGUACACGGACAAGAACUUCCAUGAUCCAGUGAGGAGCCUCAACCGGCAAAUGGCCGCCUCCGACCUCUUCAAACACAGAGGAGAUGUCUUCCUAAGCAGUCACAGCUCUUCCAAGGCCUCCAUCUGUGCCUCCACUGCCACCCUCACCUCCACCCCCAAGACAUCCACCAGCACCACCCCCAGUUCCAACGGCACCAAGCCACAGCUACGACGCGCCCACUCUGGCUCGGGACCUAGGCCAACGGGGGGGACAAGCACCCCUCCUGGGACUCCCCCUCCCCCCUCCCCCACCCCUCCUUUCAAGUUACCCCCUCUGCUGGACCUUCCACCUGCAGGUCAUAACAUGGACAUUUACGUAUCAGUGGCUUGCCAUCCGGGACAUUUUGUUCUACAGCCCUGGAGAGAUAUGUACAAGCUGGUGGUUUUGAUGGGAGAGAUGAUUCUGUACUACAACAAGACCGAGGAGAAACCCCUCAAAGUGGAGAAGAACCAGAUAUAUGCCGCUAAAGUGGAGAACAACUGGCACCGUGUAUUGGUGAAGGGGGUGUUGACCAACAGUCUGGUGUCUGUCUAUGAGCUGGACUAUGGUAAACACGAACUGGUCAGCGGCACUCAGCUCCGCCCCCUCAUCCAGGAGUUCCGACAACUACCCUUUCAGGGCAUCACUGCACAGCUUGCAGGAGUGAAGCAGAGGCAGUGGUCGGAGGAAGCUUCCAUCGUAUUCCGGAACCACGUAGAAAAGAAGCCUUUGGUGGCCCAGCUGGAGGCCGUGCAGGAAGCGCAUCACCCUUGGGACAGGAAGUUGACCGUCUUCCUGGUCGACACCUCGCAGGAAGAGAGGGACAUCUGGGUGCAUGACAUCAUGGCUGAGUUUGCUGACGAACUUACCUAAGUGUAGUUGGAUAAACCCUGUGCACAACAAUGUAUCUAGAGUGCUGGUUAUAGCAACUAAAUAGGCCUAUCCAAAAUAAAUGUUAAUACAUUUAUGUUUAUACAUUUGUUUUGGAUACCUUAAGUGUAGUUGGAACCUGGACGUUGCCGCGGACAUUGCUAUGAAUGGCCGUUGCUAUGAGAUACCAGAACGAUUGUAGGCGUUGCUACAGGAGAAUGUCGGGAGCCUAUUAGGAGACAUGUGACUUGGACUUGUUGCGUUGUGCUUGAGAGUGGGCUGACACAGCACUUGCUCGCUCACAGCAUGGCAUGAUAUUUUGAUCAAAUGCUCAAUAAUAUCACCAUCGUGCUGAUGUACUUUAAAGCUUUGCCACAGCAAGAGGUUCUCAUAAUAAGCUGUUGAAUAUCUAUCCCUGAUAUUGGGGUGGGUUUCUCAGUCUUUGUAGCAAAUAUUGUACUUUCAGCCAAAAUAUCUACAUUUGACAAAAUUCUGUUCUUUGACUGUCAAACACUGAGUUUGUAGUGUUACACUCUUCUGACUGGGUUGUACUUACUUUACAUCUCUACACCAAGUUAAAAUCUGAGUAUAUGUAAAUGUACUUCACAAAUUAAGGUGAUACUGAUUCUGAUUGCGGAGAGAAAUAAUGUACAACACAGGCUACAAAGAGUUAGGGAAACUCCAACUAUGUCUGAUAGCUUCCGUUACUGUGUCGACGUGUUGAAUAUCCAUUCCUCCAGUUCUAUAAAGAAUUACGAAAAGUGAUGUAUACUCUGUGGUAAAUAAUAUGGUUUAUUGAAAACACACACAAAAAGGACUUAACUUAUCAGAGACAGAAGUCAAUUAACCCUUGCGUCUUAAGGCUUUUUCAAAUCUUUUGGUUGUGGUAUUUUUUUCUUUACCGAGGUCUGUUCAUUUCAAUCUGAAAAAAGCUAUGUGAAAAUGUAGCUUCAUCAUGGACAAGAAAAAGUUCAAAUUGUCAGAGACAGUUGUUAAUUAAGGCAAAGUGACAGUUUGAGGCCAUUUAUCAGGAUUGUUCAUUUGAAUAUGAUGUCACAUUUACAAAAUAUGAAAAAUGGUUGUGUUAAUUUCAUCCAUUGACUCCUUUCAAGGUAUGGAAACUAAUGAGUACUAAUGUGAAAAUUGCUGAACCCACUCUUUAAGAUGAAUUCCCUCUGGUGAAUUGAUGGCGCCAGAAAGCCAUGAUUAUUUCUUAUUUCUUUUAGCAUGUGAAUUAGUUUGGUUUUAAUUUAUUAAAAAUGUGUUGAAUCUGUGGCUGACAAAAAGACAUAUCUGUAGAUACAGUAUUUUUAAAGACCAGGAGUUUUUUGACCACGUUACCUGACUAAGAACAUUUUGGGGGUUACUAGUACAGUAUUCAGAUUUACUGAAGUUGUUCCUGAUCAGGUCAUGUGGGUUGGGAAAACCUCCUGGCCCGAAAAAACUGCAUGAUAUUUGGGAUGUUUGGAUGAAUUGCUUGCACAAAGUUUGACAAGUCAACGUUUUUUCAAAUUUCUCCUCGGACCCUUCCAAAGGCUUUGAAUGUUUGUUUUAAACUAAGUGGCAUACCUGAUGCAGUUAGUCCAAGGCUUGAUUAUUAUUUGACUAAUUUAAUAAGGAAUGCCAGUUUAGAGUUAAAACCAACAUUUGAAAUCACAGGGAAGUCCUAAGGAGAGGUUUCAGAAACCCUGUGAUAAUACACUGUAUGCUUACCAGUGGUAGAGAUUACCUAACAAUACUCUGCCUUCCCGUUGGCAGGAGUUUCACUGAAAACAAAGUAAUUCUAGCCUGGUUCCAGAUCUGAUUGUGCUGUCAGGUCAAUUCGAUUGCUCCUUUUUUCUUAUGGAGUUGGCAAAACACUAGGGGAGAGGGCUAUAUCAGCUUAAGGGUUAUUUUUGUUUAGCCUUGAGGUAAACUGCAUAGAGUAUGUAAAAAGUUUUAGGAAUAAAGUUAACAAAAGGAUGCUU